AUGGCGGUCGGCAAGAACAAGCGCAUCUCCAAGGGGAGGAAGGGAAGCAAGAAGAAGGCCGUCGAUCCGUUCACCAAGAAGCAGUGGUAUGACAUCAAGGCGCCGCUGCUGUUCACCAGCCGCAACGUCGGCAAGACCCUCGUGUCCAGGACGCAGGGUACCAAGAUUGCCUCAGAGGGUCUGAAGCACAGGGUGUUCGAAGUAUCUCUAGCUGAUCUUCAGAACGAUGAGGACCAGGCCUACAGGAAGAUCAGACUCCGUGCUGAGGAUGUGCAAGGGAUGAAUGUCCUCACAAACUUCUGGGGCAUGGACUUCACCACUGACAAGCUCAGGUCUCUUGUGAGGAAGUGGCAGACACUCAUUGAGGCUCAUGUGGAUGUGAAGACCACUGACAACUACAUGCUCCGCAUGUUCGCCAUUGGCUUCACCAAGAGACGCCCAAACCAGGUGAAGCGCACUUGCUAUGCCCAAGCAAGUCAGAUCAGACAGAUCCGCCGCAAGAUGGUUGAGAUCAUGGUCAACCAAGCUGCAAGCUGUGACUUGAAGGAGCUUGUGAACAAGUUCAUCCCUGAGGUGAUUGGAAAGGAGAUUGAGAAGGCCACCUCAGGCAUCUUCCCCCUCCAGAACGUGUACGUCCGCAAGGUGAAGAUCCUGAAGGCCCCCAAGUUCGACCUGGGGAAGCUCAUGGAGGUUCACGGUGACUACAAGGAGGAUGUUGGUGUGAAGCUUGACAGGCCUGCUGAUGGAGAUGAGGUGAUUCCUGGAGCAGAGGAGGUUGCUGCUGCUGAGUAG